GUCUUCCAGCUAUUUCAACUUACAGGCUUGGUUAUGAAGAAGCCAUGUAGUGGCAGUGGGCACCCUCAUUCACUGACAGCACAUGAUGUCCAGUAUCUUCUCUCAUGCAUUGACCAUACACCCAAUAUGUAUCUCAGUGAGCUCCAGUAUCACUGUGAACAAGCAAGGGGUGUGUGUGUCUCUGAAUCCACAAUCAAGCAUACACUUUGGAGGCAUGGCUUCCCACAAAAAUAG